AUGACACCAAGAAAAAAAGCUCCCUCUGUGCUAUGAAGGGGCGGUACCCAGUGCUCAUCCCAAAGAGGCCACUAGCUCAUCCCUCACCCAUCACUGUGGUAUUGGGGCUGGGACAUGUGUGUUCAAGCAGCCCCCUCAAUACUGUACAAUGUGCAGCCCUCCUUUCCUCCCUCCCUGAAAAUCAAGGUCCAUCUGCUAACACUGGGUUCAGAGUUGUGGGAUGCAUCGAUGAAGACAGUGACUCUGACCCCAAUUCUGCUGCAAAGACAGAGGCAGCAGAAGAGAUCAUCUGGAAACAGACCCUCCUGCCCUCCACUGGGUCUGCGGCUGGUGCUACAGGAGAGACCAGCCGGAGUGAGGAUUCCAGCAGGGACCCCUGGGGACAGGACAAAUGUGACUUGUGUCCCAGAGAGGAGGAUCCUCCAGAAGAAAUACACCCUGAGACUGUUCGGGGCCCAGAUGGGAACCAGGAGAUGUACAGGGUUCACCUCCCAAGGGCAGGCUCGUUCCGUUGCUCUGAAACUGAACUGGGGUUUGAGGUGAUAGCAGCCGUGACCAUCCAAUAUGGAUACGACUCCUGGGAUCGGCGUCUGAGCACAUCUGAGAAGCAGCAAUGGAUGGUGUCCAGCCCUUUGUUCAACAUCAGGGUAGAACCACCUAGGGCCGUGGCAGCCGUUCACCUCCCGCACUUCCUGUGCCUCGCAGCAGCAGAGGUUGACAUUUCUCAGCUUCAAGUGGCCCAUUUUGUUGACUGGGGGAUGAUCCUGGAAAGUCCAACACGGGUGAGGCCGUUCCACGCCGUGCUGGAGAACCCCAGCUUCUCUCCAAUUGGACUGCUUUGGAAACAGAUCUAUUCUAAGCUAUUUCCUCCAAUACACACCCUGGUGCUGCUUUAUCGGUCCAGCAGGGCUGCAGAUGUAACCCUCCACCUCUACUUGAUACCCAGUGAUCUCUCACUAGUACAGGCAAUUGAGGACAAUGAAAUGAAGUACCAGUCAAUAAGGGUGCGCAAGCCUUCUAAAAGCAAGCCCCUACGCUUCGGCUCUUGUUCUUUUGUAUCCAGUCCCUCAGAAAUAGAAGUGACACCUAAGGAGUUGGAGUUCUCCAAUAUGGCAGUUCAUCCCCUGGAUCCAGACAUGGAAAUCUACACCAGAGACUUGGGGGGCAAAUUGGAGCUCAGCCUGGUGGAGAAGAAAACACAGCAACAGAUCUGGGAGACAACUGUGAGACCAGGGGAUGUGAAGCUUCCUGGAUCCACCCCAACACGAGCAGCAAACAUCCGAGACAAGAUGCCUGAGACCUUGAGAGAUGCCUUGCAGGAGACUCUGGAUGAGCUGGGGAGUGCAGAUAUCAAGAGAUUCAAGUCCAAAUUGAACCAUAUGAAGCUACCAGAGGGGUACAAGAGGAUCCCCAAUGGGAUGCUGGAGGAGGCCAACUCCCUGACCGUGUGUGACCUGCUGGUACAGUACUACAAGAUGGAUGGGGCUGCUGAGGUAGCCAUUCAAGCCCUAAAGGGAAUCAACCAGAAUGAGCUGGCAGGAAAGCUUGAGACGGAUACCAGGAGAAUUCCAGCUGGCACUGAUUCCAUAUGUAGCCGUUUUUCUGCAGUGCAGUUGGGAUCGCCCAUCUGAAGAUGAGCGCACUCCCGACAGAAAUGAACUGAUCACAGCUGGUCCAGCGAGGUCUCUCCGUUUGUCUGAAGAAAUGUUAGCGAGAUUCAGUGCGAGCCCUUCCAUGCAAUUACAACAGCACGUCCCUGAAGAAGCAGAAGUCGCAUAUCACCACAGCACAGCUCCCAGGGCUGACCCCGGAGCAGGAAUCUGUUUCCCAGGCAGGAAUUCCUCUGGUGCUGAUCACAGUAUUAGCUGAGUAAGUCACAGACAUCAACUGAGGGGGCCCCCUGAUGAACUAGGGAACUAUUAUUCCCAUGUAACAGCAUGCACUGGUUCUUUGGGGGGCUGGGGCUCAGCUGCAAUGUGCUAACCUUAGCCCACCUUCCCAGGUGAACGGAGUGACGCCCAGGACCAUAUGAUGGGAGCUUGUGACUAGAAAGCAGUCUGCGGAGAGCAUAAGGGCAGCCUGAGCUCCCUCUGGGAGAGUCUGGGGUAGGGAGCCUGCUGCACUGAUGGCACCUGAUAACUCUCUGAAGCCUGCAGAAAGACCUGCAAGGAGCCAGAGCUUGUUGAGGCAUUAGCCUCAGCUGGCAAGGCUACCAAGAACAUUGAGCAGGAGACUGGGCUAUAAAAAAGGGGAAACCAUUUUAAACUGAAAGGACUAAUUGAUCCAGGGGAAGAGGGCUGGAAGGCUUGGACUUUUACUUUCUGAUAAUGAAGAACAUUAGGGGAGCAGCAUUGUGAAAACAGCCGCUAUGGUGGCUUGUUUUAGGUAAGAUUAGAAGGUAAACUGAGACAGCGGCAGGCCUGAAGCUAGACAGGGUAAGUCCCUGUCUGGAGUGGCUCAUGACCGUGAACCAAAUGCCUUAAACUGGUGGCAUGUUCUAGAAUUAGAUUUUACCAAGCCAGUAACAAAUGUGAACUCCUGGAUCACCAUAAGAGUCUUACUAUGGAGUCCCAGACAGUCCCCUUAGACUCUCCAGGCAAACUUGACUUAGUGAUAAAUGAUCAUUUACACCAAAAAACAGACAAUAUUCUGGUUGCUUUCAGUCCCAACAGACCUGUCCUUUACUCCAGCUCAAUUGGUACCCUAGAUCUUACACCAAAAACAACCCCUGCAGCCAAUACUGUAAUAAUAAAGCUGUAGAUAGUUUAACUAGGAAAGAGAAGUAAGAGAACUAAGCACAGGUUAAAGAAAGCAAACAUAUACAAACCAAUGAGUCACCAUCUAAAUCCUAAGAGUGACAGAGUUGUAGUGAGCGACUAUUCCAAGUGUCUUCCAGGGCAGACCCAUGAGGCAGCCACUGGGGAUCUCUGGCUUCAGUUUGGUUUCUCUGGCCCUUUGAGAAUUCAAACAUCAAAGAGAUGAAAAAUCUUCAUGCCACCUGUUUUCAUUUCUAUCUUAUAGCAGAUGGGAAGAGGCCUUCUGCACAUACUUCUCCAUGGGUGGAUGGAGCAAUUAGCAAAGCUUUUGUCUUAUAAUGGCCCACCUAAAUUUUGAUAGCCCUCCUGGAUGGGUACGGGGGUAGGGGGGACAAUUCCUGGGCCUGGGUUCACAAGUCCAGAGAAAACAUUUUCCAAGUUAUAAAGCAAAACUUACAUAUUGUCUUGUAGCAUGGAAUACAGACUUUACAAGUGAGAUUAAUGCCUCCAGCCUCCUCUAUGCAAAUAAGCCCCAGCCCCAUCCCCUGGGGCUAACGAGGGCUCAGGUGGCCCUGUGGUGGGAGGGGCACUGGAAAUGUCCCUGGGGUGACCUGACACAAGGGAGCCGGGGGCUGUGUGUGUGUCUCAGAUUGAAUGCCCCUUCCUGGCCACCCACUAGGGCAGCUGUGAGGGGGAUCCAAGCCUCUGUACUCUCAAUCCCCUGGGGUGCAUUAAACUUUUGGGACCUGAAUGGAGUCCUGCCGCUGCCCCAAUCUCGGGCCCCCUAGGCCAGUGGCUCUCAACUUUUCCAGACUAUUGCACCCCUUUCAAAAGUCUGAUUUGUCUUGUGUCCCCCCAAGUUUAUACCUCACUUAAACUUACAAAAUGAGACAUAAACAUACGGAAGUAUCACAGCACACCAUUACUGAAAAAUUGCUUUUACUUUUUCAUUUUUCAAAUAAAUUGAUUGGAACAUAAAUAUUGUA